AUGAUCAAGCACACCAUCAUCACCUGGAACGUAAGAAGGGGCAUGGGGGUCCCGGAAAAACGAUGUAAUAUCUACACCUACCUUUCCACAUUCAAAGCUUCCGCAAUUCUCUUACAAGAGCAUUUCAUCAGACCACAAUUCUGGCAGCUCAUCAAGGACGAGUACGAGGGCAAGCUCUUCAUCAACCAGCACUGCCUGACCCUGAUCCCGGCCGACUCGCCCCUGAUCGACGCCGAGCUCUUGCGCACCCACUCGGCACUCGACGGCCGGCUCCUCGUCACCUCCUUUCGUCUGCGGGGCGACAUCAAAAUUCUAGAAAUCAAUAACCUCUACGCGCCCGUUGACCCAAAACAACGAGCAAAAUUCUUCGACAAACUGAUCCUCCACAAAACACAGAAAUCCCACCUCCGACUCCUUGGCGGCGAUCUCAACGACUGCCCGCGCCCAGAAGUUGAUCGGCGGAACCAAAGUCGGCGCGGCCACCACUGGCCGAUUCUGAUGGGCAAGCUCGACUCGGCCUACACGGACUGCAUCCGCUACAAGCACCCCAUCACCCCAUCUUUCACUCGACCUAAUCCCAAUCGCAAGCGACCCAACUCCUUCUCCCGGCUUGACUACUUUCUCCUACAAAGAGCUCACCAAAAAAGGCUCGACCAGGCCUCGACGAUCUACGACUAUCCCAAGGAUCUUUCCGAUCACCGACCGGUCUUGAUCGUACUAGCUCUCUCAGACGAUCUUGAUGCGGCUCUCCCACAGCUCAGCCUACCUACCACAUCCGACCAACUACAUCGAAUCAAUACCACAACCUUCAAGACGGUGGAAUUUCAGCGGAUGAUGGAAGGAUGGUUGGAAGGGGCAAGCGGGGAGGAUCUGGUGCGAGAGCUUGAGGAGGUUCUGGAGGCGUGCAGGGACAGGGGUGGGGAGAUGGCGAGGAGGCUGCAUCGGGAGCGGACGGAACGGAUGGAGUAUUUGGUGGGGAGGGUGCAGGAUCUGGAGGCGUUACCGGUAUGGGGGGAGGCGGAAACGGCAGAAUGGACAAGGACGUCCGAGGAACUCAAGCGGGCGGUCGAGGAGCGCGCGCGCCUACUCCGGAUCCGAGCCCACGUCCCCGAGAUCGCUUCCGAGGAACGACUGUCGCGGCCGGUCCACGCCAAGCUCGCGGCGCGGAACUCGGACUCCAAGAUCACAGCACUGCGCUUGGGUAACGGAGAGCUAACGCAUGACAUUGAUGUCGCUCUUGACCACACGCAGGCGCAUUUCCAGCGCCUCUACCACAUCGAGCCUCGUGAUCCGGAACGCGUCGACCGACUUCGGGACGAACUCCUCGUGCCGAUCAGGGCGGCACGGACUUGCGACGACCCGCGCUCAGAUCCGCUCUUUCUGCGCCGACUCUCGGAAGCGCAGAUGAUCUCCUCCAGCAACCCAUCACCGAGGACGAGGUCGUGGCCGCGAUCGGGACGACGCACCCGGGGCGAUCGCCGGGCCCGUCGGGCGUGCCUUACGAACUCUAUCAGACCGCACCGGAGGCGUGGUCCAAGGUGCUGACCAAGGCCUACAACGCGAUGAUCGAGCGCGGUUCACUCUCUCCCAAGCAGGGCCAGGGACUCGUGCGCCUCAUCUUCAAGCGCCACAAGAAGAAUGCCGAUCGCGCCGAACUCUCGUCGUAUCGCCCCAUCACCCUGCGCGAGUGCGAUUACAAGAUUUUUACCAAGGUCUACGUCGCCCGAUUGAACCAAAUUCUGCCCGAUCUCCUCCCGCCGCAGCAGCACGGCUUCGUCAAGGACCGCCGAUCGGCCGACGCUGCACUACACCUUUGUCUCCUGAUCGAGGAACUUGGCGCGCGCAGGACCGAGUUCCCCGCGGCCGCGCUCUUUGUUGAAUUUCAUUCUACUACAAGCGUUCGAACACUUCAACCUUGGGCCGCCGUUGUCAGGUCCGCCCAUUUUCGCCUCGGCGCCUUUGCCUUCGCAGCCAAGCCGCCGCCCCAUUUUCACCUCGGCGCCUUCGCCUUCGCAGCCAAGCCGUCGCCCUCCUGCCUCGCGCCGGCCUGCUCAACUCACGCCCGCGCGCCGCCGCCUCCACGCCGGGACUCUGGCCGUCUGCCCUCCAGUCUUGCUGAGCCAAUGCCUCCACUUAGUCACCAGCAGCUUGCCGCCGCCGUCCUCAUGUUCCAUCGGCCAUCAAGAGUAUCGCCCAUGCAUGACGCCCGCCGUUCGCAACCUGAGUCUCGUCGCUAUGGACUCCCUCGCUCACCAACACUCGACAUCGUAGAUAGGUUUCCCCUCGUGGCCGUUGUCCAACACGACCCCUCUCAGCACCCGAAUGACCCACUUGGAGUUUGCCCUUGAUGCUUAGCAGCGCAUCCGCCCGAUUUGCAGUAGAUCCUUUGCGCGCCCGCUUGCUAGAACCUUGUCAGACUCGCGCUCCUUGUGCUUCCCUUCCUCUUCUCUACCGCUUCCCGACAUUAGCCAGACUGCUAAUCUUCGGUAGAGAACAGGUUAGUUGAAAUCAUAUCUACCGCUUCCCGACAUUAGCCAGACUGCUAAUCUUCGGUAGAGAACAGAUCGUCCAGCCGCACCGCCGUCUCGUCAGACCGCGUCUGUGCCGCCUUGCGACUUCUCCCAAUCGGACCGUCCGUCGCAACCGUAGCCACGUCGACGCGCCCAACAGUAGCCCCAGCGGUCGCUACACCCAGUUCCGAAAAGUUCCACGACCUACACUCUAUACUCUUGUCUCUUGACCAAUCAUCCGCCUACGACCUCGUCGAGCAUGACUGGAUCUUUGCCAUCUUCGACGCUCUGGGCGCUCCUACCACCUUUCUUCGCGUGCUGAGGAUGCUCUACUCGGGUGACUCGACCUCGGCGCGCUACAUCAUCAAUGGGUUCCUGACGGCGCCGGUGCGACUGACGUGUGGGCUCGGCCAAGGGGACCCGGCGUCAUCGUCGGUCUGGGACAUCGUGUUUCAGCCGUUCCUGGAUGCUCUACACCGUCGAAACAUCGCGCUGAAUCUCUCCAUACCUGCACUUCAUCCGUACCCACAGAGCCGCGCCAUUACAUCACUUGCAUUUGCCGAUGACGUUGUCGUCGCCGUCGCGGGCUUGGAGUCACUCAACUUGCUCGAUGACCUGGCGCUCGACUGGAGGCAUGCAACGAAUGGCCGGCUCAACACGGACAAGACGGUCGUCCUACCGAUUGGACGUCGCUGGGACCCUGGCGAAUGGCCAAUCGUCGUCAAGGCCGCAGGCGAGUCGCUCGAGUGGAUCGGCCUCCCCUUCGACCCCAGCGGCGACACCGAACUCGCCUACGCGAAUCUCAUCGAACGGCUCGAGGCGACGCUGGAAGCGGUUCAGCAUCGCUGGCUCACGCACCACACCCGUGCCUUUUACGUCAAUCGGUACGCCAUUCCCAAGAUCCUGCAUUUCCUUGCAGCCGACAUCCCGCCGCCCGAAGUCGUCAAGAAGCUCGAUGACAUGCUCGUCGAUUUCGUCCGUGGGGGCAAGGGCAGGACCAGCUACGGCAGAGACAUUGUGUUCACCGCCAAGAACAAGGGGGGACUCGGGGUGAUAAGGAUGCGGGACGUUGUGGACGCGGUUGCGGCACGGCUCUGGGACGUUCUUCUCGGCGGUUCCGGCGCGAUUUGGCAAGGACUUGCGCGCGCAUCACUCCAGCGAGCUCAGCCCGACCUCGACCUGGCCACCGAUCUCUGGCCACAUCCAUCCACUCCCAUCCCCAACGACCUUCAUCCCCGAUGGCACGCCGCACUGGGCGUUCCGAAACUUCACGACGCGCAGGUCAACCCGAGGGCCUUGACCACCGCGAACUUGCUCGCGCUGCCCACCCUGCUCGGCAGCCUCCACACCCCCAUCAGAGGGAGACAGACCAUCGACGCGGUUCAUGUACCUGACUACCUUCGUCUCCAGGGCUACCCGAAGGUGGCGGAUCUCUAUCGACGCGAGUUGUAUGCGGGUGGGGGGUUUCACCUCUGGACGCCGCCGGCGGAUGUGCUCGGCGACAACAGCGAGUACAAUCGACGCGGGCUCCCGCAGCGACUGGCAAUCGCGGCCUGGUACCGGUUCACUGUCGAUCGACACAAGAACACCCCCUUGGCGGCGGCGGGACGACUCAACGUGCCUCCCCGGAUCGGCACCAGCGCACCACUCGAGGCGAUCAUCCCCAAGCCCGUGGCCCGCUUCGCAAUGGAGCAGCGCCUUCCGGACCCGGUGCUUCCACAACAGGCGAGCCAGUAUACGCUGCUGAACAUGGCUCGCCCCUACACAGUCCGUCGCAUCCGCCGGGUCCUGAACGCGAAGGCAUUUACCAACAUGCUCGGGCUCAAGGGACCACCGCAGCCGGACGACCUCAGGAGCUUCUGGAAGGCAGUCAACUCGAAGGCACUGACGGCGAGGGAGAGGGAAGUUUGGUUCAAGCUGAUCCUCCGCUUCACCCCGACGCGCAAACUCCAGCACGAGCAAAAGCACGACACUUCUCCCGCGUGCCUCGUGUGCGAAGCGCCGGUGGACGACACCGAUCACUACUUCUUCGGCUGCGUCGACUCGCGGAACAUCUGGACCGCGGCAAGGGGCGUGCUCUGCGACGCGCUCGGAUGCGACACGAUCGAGGACGCCGAGUACACGACACUACAACGACUCUUUGGCCUCCCCAAGCUCAAGGCCAAGCUCAGCGAACAGGAAGGCGCAGGCAGGACGAUCGAGAUCUUCACGGGGAUGGUCUUGGAGAUGAUCAGCAGUGGGAGAUGGAGGAUGCAGAAGCACGGGACGAGGAUGGAAAGCCUGGAGCGGAGGAGGGUGGUACUGGAGGAGAGGAUGAAGUUGAGGGCGGGGGGAGCAAGGGGCGGGCGAGGGCAGUAG